AUGACUAACGUGUCUGUAUCGCCAAGCGUGCGCAAGAAUGUUAUCAUCCACCAGUCACUCGCUGUACACACGCGCUGCAGGACAAGGGACAGUUUCACUCCGCGCGUUUGCCAAUAAGACACGAAGCGUAUUUCGCUGCUGAUUCAUGGGGGUUUUGACUCUGGUGGCUGGUAGAUGCAGAGGACUUCACGCUGUACAAGAAUUGUCUAUUGACCCUGCGCUUUAAGUGGGUGUCCCGGAACUCUGAGACAAACCCUGUGAAUGUGUUCAGAAGAAAGCUGGUAAUAUUAUCUCUCUAUAUUAGAGUAAAUGCAGUGCCUUGCUAAAGAGAGCAGUGUCGCCACACAAAGAGGAAGCCACACAGGAUGUCUUGGGUCAACGGCUUUAAAUCUGCAAGAGUGGAACACCAGAAGACAGCAUGGGGUGAACGCAAUGGCAGGAAGUCAAGGCGUAAGAGGGACUCGUCCCUGUGCAACCCACGCUACAUGAGCUGUCUUCGGGACCCAGAGACCAUAGGGUCUCCAUCACAACACUGCUCCCGUGCAGCAGGGGGCGCCACUAGCAGCAACUUCAGCACACGCUGUGUCUGGCAGGAAGACCACUAUGGCAGAAAGGGUGAUGUGGGGCUGAGAGCUGUGGACCUGGCCUUUGAAGAUGUUGAAUUGAAGCAAACAAAAGAUGGAGAGGACCAGGAUGAUGGUGGAGAAGAGAGGAAGGGUCCCAAUAUGAAUUUUUUGGCUUGCCUGAUACGUUUGACUCACAUCUUUGAGUCCAAGAAGUUCCAAUCGGCCAAGCUUGAGCGAUUGUAUCAGCGAUACUUCUUCAGGCUAAACCAGAGCUCUCUUACAAUGCUGAUGGGAGUGCUGGUUGUGGUAUGUGGGGUCAUGAUGACUUUCCACUGCAUCCAAGGUCCACCUGACAUUGCAUACGCCUCUGUGCUCUCUGUAGCCAUGGGCCUGUUCUUGGCCUUGAUGGUGUUGUGUAACAGAAAUGGCUUCCACCAGGAAUAUAUGUGGAUAGUGAGCUACCUGGUAAUGGGGGUGUUAGUGGUGGUCCAGGUGUUUGGAGUGUUGAUGGUGGCUCCCCGCAGUGCAUCUGAAGGGAUCUGGUGGACAGUAUUCUUUAUCUACAUCAUCUACACAUUGUUGCCUGUGCGUAUGAGAGCGGCUGUGAUUACCGGGGCUGUGCUCUCCACAAUUCAUUUUAUUACAGCAUGGAGACUCAACCUUGAUGACAGCUUCCUCUGGAAACAGUUAUGUGCCAAUGCGCUGAUAUUCCUGUGCACCAACAUCAUUGGCAUCUGCACACACUACCCAGCUGAAGUAUCUCAGAGACAGGCCUUCAGAGAGACUAGAGGAUACAUCCAGGCCAGAAUUCACCUUCAGAGAGAGAACCAGCAGCAGGAGCGCCUGCUGCUCUCAGUGUUGCCAAGGCAUGUUGCCAUGGAGAUGAAGGCAGACAUCAAUGUCAAGAAAGAGGAUACGAUGUUCCACAAGAUCUACAUCCAGAAACAUGACAACGUCAGUAUCCUGUUUGCAGACAUAGAGGGCUUCACCAGUUUGGCAUCGCAGUGCACAGCCCAGGAGCUGGUGAUGACACUUAAUGAGCUUUUUGCUCGCUUUGAUAAAUUGGCCUGGGAAAACCACUGUUUACGGAUCAAGAUUCUGGGGGACUGUUAUUACUGUGUGUCUGGACUUCCAGAAGUGAGGACAGAUCAUGCUCACUGCUGUGUGGAGAUGGGGGUGGACAUGAUCGAGGCCAUCUCAUUGGUGCGUGAGGUCACAGGAGUCAAUGUGAACAUGCGUGUGGGCAUACACAGUGGCCGUGUGCACUGCGGGGUGCUCGGGCUGCGCAAAUGGCAGUUUGAUGUCUGGUCCAAUGAUGUCACACUGGCCAAUCAGAUGGAGGCUGGAGGCAAAGCAGGGCGGAUCCACAUCACCAAAGCCACACUGCAGUAUUUAAAUGGAGACUAUGAGGUGGAACCAGGCUUUGGAGGAGACAGAAACACAUACCUGAAAGACAACAACAUUGAGACUUUUUUUGUGCUUGGUUGUUCUCAGAAAAGGAAAGAAGAAAAAGCCAUGAUGGCUAAGAUGCAGCGUGCCAGAGCCAACUCUUCAGAGGCGCUGAUAGCUCGCUGGGUUCCUGACAGAUCUUUCUCCAGAACGAAAGAUUCCAAAGUCUUCAGACAGAUGGGCAUAGAUGAAGCCUCCAGCAAAGAUAACCGAUGUACACAAGAGACUCUGAAUCCAGAAGAUGAGGUCGAUGAGUUUUUAGGUCGUGCAAUUGAUGCUCGCAGCAUCGACCAGCUGCGAAAAGACCACGUCAAGAAAUUCCUGCUAACAUUCCAAACACCUAUUCUGGAGAAAAAGUACUCCAAAAAAGUGGAUGAUCGUUUUGGCAGUUACGUGGCUUGCACCCUCCUCGUCUUUUGCUUCAUUGUUUUUAUUCAAAUCAUCAUCUUACCGCAUACACCCUUAAUGCUGGGCAUGUUCAUCAGCAUCUUUGUUAUCCUCGCCCACGUCCUUUUUAUAUGUGCCAUUUACUCCUGCGUUAAGCUUUUUCCAGUUACCUUACAGACAGUGUCAAAGAGGAUAGUUCAAUCACGUAUUAAUAGCACGCUAGUUGGAGUCUUUACCAUUCUGCUUCUCUUCAUCUCUGCCUUUGUUAAUAUGUUUACCUGUGACCGAGACAAACUGCUAGAAUGUGUGGCCAAACAGCUUAAUAUUUCUGGUCCAGUUACUGUGUGUCUGCUGCAUAAUUUGACUCAGACAGCAGAGGACCCCCUCACUCUGUGUCCUGACCAGAUUUCACCAUGUCUUUUUCCCGAGUACUUCACUUACAGUGUGCUGCUGACUCUGCUGUGCUGCUCGGUGUUCCUGCAUAUCAGCAGUAUAGGCAAACUGAUCCUCACAAUCUUCAUCCAGAUCUUCUUCCUUCUACUGGUGGAGUGGCCCCUGGUCAGUCUGUUAGACAACGCCGACCUGUUUGUUACCGCCAAUGCACUGUCUACUUUCAAUGGAACAGAGCCUUGCCCGGAAAGGGUGACUAAAGUGUCUCUGAGGGUGAUGAUUCCAGUUAUCCUCACUGUGUUUGUACUAGCUCUCUACCUGCACGCACAGCAGGUCGAGUCCACAGCUCGCCUUGACUUCCUGUGGAAGCUACAAGCCACUGAGGAGAAAGAAGAGAUGGAGGAGCUUCAGGCCUACAAUCGUCGUCUCCUUCACAACAUCCUGCCCAAAGAUGUGGCUGCCCACUUCCUUGCUAGAGAGCGUCGAAACGAUGAGCUUUACUACCAGUCGUGUGAAUGUGUAGCCGUUAUGUUUGCCUCCAUCAGCAACUUCUCUGAGUUCUAUACUGAGCUGGAAGCCAACAAUGAGGGUGUAGAAUGUCUGAGACUACUCAAUGAGAUCAUUGCUGACUUUGAUGAUAUCAUUUCUGAGGAGAAAUAUAAACAAUUAGAGAAGAUCAAAACUAUUGGUAGUACAUACAUGGCAGCAUCUGGACUGAACGACUCGACGUACGACAAAGAAGGCCGCACACAUAUUCUAGCCUUGGCUGACUAUGCCAUGAGACUACGAGAACAGAUGAAGUACAUCAACGAGCACUCCUUCAACAACUUUCAUAUGAAGAUCGGUCUGAACAUUGGGCCAGUGGUUGCUGGUGUAAUUGGAGCCAGAAAGCCUCAGUAUGACAUAUGGGGAAACACAGUGAAUGUGUCCAGUCGCAUGGACAGCACAGGUGUACCCGAUCGUAUCCAGGUGACAACUGACCUGUACCACGUACUAGAAAGUAAGGGCUACCAGCUUGAGUACCGUGGACUUGUAAAAGUGAAGGGGAAAGGAGACAUGACCACUUACUUCCUCAACAGUGGUCCCGUCUGCAGUUAACAAUGACCAAAUGCCUUUAAAUGCACUGAAAUGCAGGAAGGACAACAGAAGGCUCUGAAUGGGAUUUGGGCUUUACCUUAAGCAGAUCCAAAUACAACUCAUAAGCUCUGUCUCAUGUGAGCAUUAACGGGCAUUGGUAGUAUUUAAUAUGUGCACAUCUUGCGAAUAAUUCUCAUUCUGAGCGAUGCUCACAGGCUACCUGAAGGAUUUAAUGAACCAAAAACUGUUGCCUUAGAUGGAGAUGACUGUGGAGAAGGCCUUGUUUUCUUUUAUUUUGUGGGAAAGACUACUUCCAUACCAAAAGUUGAAUUCUUUAUUUAUUUGGACAGAUUUUUAAACCAUGUAAAUAAAGAGACAUGACCAUGAUUAUAGAUAUGCAAGCAUCAAGAAGAAACUGAUCAAAGAUCAAAGUCUUUGAUAUAGAAACACUACACACACACACACACACACACACACACACACACACACACAACGGUCACUUGAGAUGUCUGAACAAGUGCCAGGAACGGUUAUUCAAUUGUCUGGUUUUCCUUUUUUUGGCCCUAUGUCACUCAUAGGGCAGUAUUUACUGUAAAUGACAAGUUCUAUGACAAGACACUAAAGCAAAAACAAAACAAAAAAAUCAAGUCUUCAUUAAAGGCCUUAGAGACAGAGGAAUCCUAAAUUCCAGUUACUUGUAUUUACAAUUGCUAUGAUUUAUGAUUGAUACAAAUGUUUUUCUGUUAGGUUUUGUGUACAACUGAAGAAACUUAAAUGAAGAACAAGAAAUUGUAUUGGAAUAAUACAUUUUGCUUUCUCAAUUUGGUCAUUUAUGUGUGUGGCUGGGGAGAGUGAGUGAGCGUGUUUGCGAGUGAAUGCAGGGGCUAAUGUCUGCGUAAAUACAGUGUAUUAUCUUUAAAGGGUGUAACAGCUCACUGUGAGGUUUAUAUGAUUAAUUUAAUUACUUUUUUUUGCCAAAUUAAGUGCUGAAGGGUGUGUCUAUAAAUGCUUCAUAUGUCUUUGUCCAUCCUCUGUUAACAGAUCAUUUCCCUCCCAUUUGAGUUCAGUAUUGUAUUCCACAAAUUGCAGCGCUUUAUUCAUUCCUACAGAAAUUACUGAAAAUACGACCAUAUGACCAUGACCUCCGCAUAGCUGUAGAAUGAUAUAGUCUGCUUAAGACUCUUGUAAAUUGGUGUAAAUGUGCAGACAAUGGCCAUAAGUGUUAGUGGAUCCUUAAAAAAAAGUGACUGGACUGCAAAGUUGUCCAUUUUACAGUGUUUGGCAAAAGUCAAUUUUAGCAUUUCCUCACUAGUGCCCUUAUUCAUGGUAAUAAAAAAAACUAUUAUGCAAUUACCGGUCAAAAACAAAGGUUUUCACUGCUGCAGAGUAUUUUUGUCAUAUAAUUGAACAUUGCCACUGUAUAGACAGGCACAUCUAUGAUUAUUGCUGAAAAACAUUCUUCCCCUUCAUUAAGCAUUUCAUGAUAAACAUGUAAGCUGUUUGACAUUCUAACCUUGUCUUGGAUACAAAAACACAUAAUUUUUUUAUAUGUUUGUGGUACAUGGACCUUUCAAAUCAUUUUCAUUGGAAAGGUGGCAAAAAAUAAAUAAAUUGGGUGUUUUAUUAAAGCAUGUUGUGUCUCAAUAUCUUAUCCACCAACCACAUUUUACAUUGUACAGAUUUGUGCAAUUUGUCUUUCAUAUCUGCAUGUUUUAUCUGCUCAUUUUAAAGUUCACUCUAAAAUAAAAAUGUUGCAUCAUUUACUCACCCUCAUACUGUUCUACCAUUGAACAUAAAUGGAAAUGUUAGGCAGAAUGAUCAUCACAGUCACCAUUCUCUAUCAGUGUAUGAAAAUAAAUGGUAACUGAGGUUGUCGGUCACUACUCAACAUAUUUUGUGUCCCACAGAAGAAAGUCAUUGAGUGCUGAAAAAUGUGACCUAAACAGUAUUAGUUAUGGUAUAUCAUCACCAUCAACCAAAAUCACCAUCACCAUCAAACUUAAAGGGAUAGUUCACCCAAAAAUGAAAACGAUCUAAUUUACUCAACCUCAUGCCAUCCUAGAUGUGUAUGACUUACUUCAGCAGAACACAAAUUAAGAUGUUUAGAAGAAUUUCUCAGCUCUGUUGGUCCAUACAAUGCAAGUGAAUGGUGACCAGACAAUUGAAGCUCCAAAAAGCACAGAGAGGCAGCAUAAAUGUAAUUCAUA